ACAAAAGCACCAACGUAGGAGAAGCCAGAUGCGAUCUUUAUUGCAAGUGCGCUAUUUCCUGUCCAUUGUCGGACGCCAAUUGACCCAAAGCGGGCGCAGCUAUCGGGGUGGUGGUUGGAAGGAGGCGGUGUUGACGCAGCGGAACUUCUCGCCAGUCCACCGUCACGACCACCCCCCCGCUUCAGCCGAACUGGAGGUAGCAGUCGCGGGUAACGUGGAAAACACUCCCCGCCCGGGGCAUUUAAACAUGCUCAAAAACGGACACCACCACCAUCACCACCGGCUCCCCCCACACCAGGUGGGCAAGGACGCGGGCCCCGGCUCGACACCCGGAGCUCCGACGGGCAGCCCCGAGAAGAGGAGGCGAAGGGUCCGCGUAUGGUGCGAUGGAUGCUACGACAUGGUCCACUACGGCCACUCCAACCAGCUGCGGCAGGCCAAGGCCAUGGGCGACUACCUCAUUGUGGGCGUGCACACGGACAGCGAGAUCUCAAAGCACAAGGGCCCGCCGGUUUUCACUCAGGAAGAGCGCUAUAAGAUGGUGCGGGCCAUCAAAUGGGUGGACGAGGUGGUGGAGGGCGCACCUUACGUCACCGCCCUGGAGACCCUCGACAAGUACAACUGCGACUUCUGCGUGCACGGCGACGACUUAACGCUGACGGUCGACGGCAAGGACACGUACGAGGAAGUGAAGAAGUCGGGACGCUACAGAGAAUGUAAGAGAACGCAGGGAGUUUCAACCACCGACCUGGUUGGUAGGAUGCUUCUCAUGACCAAAGCGCAUCACAGCAACAUAGACGCUUCAGACUACCAGCAGCACACGGACAACUUUGGAAAGGACUCCAAUGGUCAGAACAACCACAGUCCCUGGACGGGAGUGUCCCAGUUCCUGCAGACUUCCCAGAAGAUCAUCCAGUUUGCUUCGGGCCAGGAGCCGCAGCCCGGCGACACAAUUAUCUACGUGGCCGGGGCCUUCGACCUCUUCCACAUUGGCCACGUGGACUUCCUGCGGGCGGCGCAUAAGAUGGCGGACAAGCCAUACAUCAUUGUGGGGCUGCACUUUGACCAAGAAGUGAACCGCUACAAAGGGAAGAACUACCCCAUCAUGAAUGUCCACGAGAGAACGCUCAGCGUCCUGGCUUGCCGGUACGUGUCGGAGGUGGUGAUUGGCGCGCCGUUUGCAGUCACCAAAGAUCUGCUGGAUCAUUUGAAGGUGGACCUCGUAUGCCACGGAAAGACACAAAUAUACCCGAAGAAGGACGGAUCCGACCCAUAUGCUGUGUCCAGGAAGCAAGGAAUCCUGCGCACCGUCGACAGCGGGAACAACCUCACCACAGACGCCAUUGUGCAGAGGAUAACCAAAAACAGGCUGCUUUUUCAGGACAGGAACCAGAAGAAAGAGGCGACGGAGAUCGCCAUAAUCCAGGCCAUGCAGCCACACCAAGUAGCGGACCAGUGAUGGAACGCCAGGCGGCGCCGGUGGACACUGAAUCAAGCCAAAGUCAUGAAUCCUCGCACAACAUGUCGGCCACGUUUCCAACCAGGAUGCCUGCUUUCGGUUGGUUGUGUCUGUAGCUCAUUCAUGGACAAGCAAAACAAAUAUGAUAACUUAUACUUACUUACCUGAAAAACGUGGAUUUUAUUUGGACUCGCACAGGGCAAGUGAGAAGCUUUAUCGUGGAUACAGGGGCCAAGUAACCAACCGCGCGGGAUGUGGGUGUUCCAACACCCACGAAUCCUGGUGGAAGGUUUUCAUUCCCACGCUUCACCGGGUGAAAGAUGUGAACGACUUCACAUUUCGUCAAAUCCACGAGGGGUGCGGAUGUUUCAACACCCACACUUUUCCCACUGUUUUUUUCACAACAAGAUAGGAGCACUUGCUUUGCCAUCAAAAAUAAACCCUUGAACUUCAUUGGAAUGCUCAGCAAGUGGGAAAUUUCCACUCCACCUUUUGCACAGCUUGCUCGGCCUCUGGGCGGAUGUGUGUGUGUUCUUUUCAGGGCGCUCGGAUCCUCCUGUGUACCGGACUGCGCUGACUUUUCGCCACGUCGCGUCCCUCGAAAACCAGCACGAACUGCGACCCCCACUGUGGAGACUUUUGACUGUCUUUGGUUAAUAUUGCACGUUGAUAGCUCACAAGGACUCGGACAUUUCCUGCAACUGACUCGCCAGAUGCUCGCUGUUGUCAACCUCAGCAGUGCACAGUUUAACCCUCCUGUUAUGUUGCGGGUCAAAAUGACCCAUUUCAAGUUAAAACUACGGAAUAAAAUAGUGGUUUUAUUUUCUGUAUUAAAUGGAUUAAAUUGAGUAACUAAUGAAAGAUAAACAAUGUUUAUUGGGAUUUUUACUUUUGUUUAGGACACAUUUGGUUAGUGAAACAUGCAUGGGUCAAAUUGGCCCAGGUGCAUUAUUGCUGUUUGUGAGAAACUAACAUAGCAGGAGAGUUCACCUCAACAUCAAUUGGGAGUGCACAUUAUAUUUUUGGUAGUAUAUUUGAACUCUUUAUCUUGCAAUGCUUCAUGUGUGUGUAUGUGCAGUGAGCAGCCACAGCAUAAUGGCCACUCGGACAAGGAAAAUGUGGUCAUAAUGAUAUUUAUUUGACAAUGUCUAUCACUGGGGAUGAAGUUUGUGGUUUCUUAUAUUUUGGUUAACUCAUUUAUGGUUACUUCACAGUCAUAGGAUAUAUUUUUUAUUUAUUUAAUGAUAUUCAAAAGAAAAACAAUAGACUGUAGUUAUCAUAUAAUUAAUAAAAGUUUAAAAAAAAAUCAAAACAGAAUUUAAUACAAUACAAAAUAGUAAAACAGCUCUCAGUAUGAGCCGGUGCAAUUCUACACCGUUGUAAACUGCAAGCACAAUAUAAAGCAUACUGUUAAAUUACA